CUGAGGAUGAAGGGGUGAAGAGGAGGAGGAGAAGGAGGGGUGUAUCUGUGACUGCAGUGAGCACAGAGGACACAGGUACAGCUGGGAAGGAGAUAAGGAGAAAUCAAGGCUCUAUAAUAAAGGGUCAGCACAGCAUUAGGCUGGUGUAAGUUCUAGCUGCACACUGCAUUGUGUGGGUACAGUCACACCAUGACCAGCCAGUCACAGGGGAUCCAGCAGCUGCUGCAGGCAGAGAAGAGAGCAGCAGAGAGAGUGUCUGAGGCCAGGAAACGUAAAGCCCGGAGGCUGAAGCAGGCGAAGGAGGAGGCGCAGGUAGAGAUAGAGCAGUAUCGUGUGGAGAGAGAGAGGGAGUUCCAGAGCCAGCAACGUACUGCUUUGGGCACCCAGGGGGACCUAUCCUCUGAAAUAGAAACCCGAACCAGACGGACGCUUCAGACAAUGCAGGGCAGCCAUGGAAAGAAUAAAGAAGUUGUGCUGAGGAGGUUGCUGACCCUGGUGUGUGACAUCAAGCCUGAGCUACACCCCAACUACCGCUUCACCGGUUACUGAGCCGCCGCCAGCAGCCCCUCUGUGUGCACCGGCUGUGCCGUGAUCACUGUUGUGUUUUCUAUCCGGUUACAUUAAUAUAAAACAUCUGUCCCCGCUGGGCAGCUGCUGUUAUGUGACUUGCAUCUGGUCCCUUAUUGUUAUAAUGUUAUAUAUCCUCGCUUCCUUACACUUAAUGUUCCCUGUUGUGAUGGUGUGAGGGAGGUGUAACCGGAAUAAAGGGACGGCUUGUCAUGUGAA